AUUUCUUUGAAAUUGCUUUGUCGCAUGUAAAAUACUUUUCACACGUUCCUUUUCAUCUUGGCGACCUUCAUCUACAAAAUUCAAUGGCUACACCUCAGUUAAUAGACACUCAGCCUGCACACUCACCACGCCAGCUCCAACAGCGAGAUCCCGAGCAUUCAGCACAGCAGCCUGGUCAAUCCAUACAAUCUGUUUUCCCUUCUGACUUUGUCUUUCAGCUGAUUCUGGAGCAGUUUUGGGGCGAUGGCGUGUCCAAACGCGAGAUCCGCUCAGUCUACACAACCGCCGCCGAUGCUAAUGCAGCAUGCUGUGACUACCUCCUCCGGACAUGGCCUCGCGAUCAGUUCACACUCUAUGAAAUCGGGGCCUCACCUCAACGAUCCGAACUUAGUAAAGUCUCCGCUCUGAUCAACGGCGAUCGAUUCCAUGUUUGGGUCGAGCGACAUCCUUGGAAAGGCACUCUUGACUUUUCUUCAAAGGCGAUUGCAAAAAGAGCAGGCAAGGGACCAAAUGCUUAUAUCCUUCAGCGGACAAUUAAAGAUGCCUCUGGUGGUAAGCGACGGUCGACCACUCGAGGUAUUUUCGCCACCCGUCAGUUAGCAAAGGAGGCCUUAGUAAAUGAUCAGCCUCCGUCAGAAUGGUCAUCAAAUCAAGGCUAUGUCCUCGAACCGGGUGGAGAAUACGCUCAUGCACUUUCACCGACAGGGAAAACAGCCUGGCUGUUCAUCGAGGUUCGGCCACUAUACAUGUGUUACAUACCGCUAGAACAAGAAUUGCAGGACACAAGGGGGGGUUCUUCGUCAUUACAUCUCGGAACUUCGCCUUUCAACCCUAUUAGUCUUGACCACGCUGAUGACGGCAUACUAUCCAUUCCCUCAUCGCCAUCCAACCUCUUGCAUCCCUCCAUUCACCAACCUCGUGCCAUUUUUGACAGCCCUUUUUCUCCUAUCCCUUCUAAUCCAGACGAGGCAGGUGCAUUUGUUUACCUGGUUCUUCAGCUUAAAACCAUUCCCUAUACUCCACCCAUUUUGACGGUCGAGGCAGUUGCAUAUGAAAUGGACGUAGCUAACAGAUUCGGCAUCAGGCUCUUGGAAGAAUUUGGUGGGCCUGGGGCAUUGUUUGAACCAAUAUUUCGAGAGGAUGGUUGUUUUCAAGGUGUCUUGGAGCAACGUACUCGUGACGAAGGACUAACCGUCUGGGUGGAGAAGAGAGCUGUAGUAAUAGGGGAUGAGAGCCUGGAUUUCGAUUUGGUUUCUGACCAUGGAUCAGUUCAGCUGAAUAGAAUGCAUCAGGAUAUAGAGCAUCGAAGUCCUACAUCAUCGUCAUUUGCUUCUCCUUCUGCUGUGACGGUAGAACGCAAACGAGGGGAACCUCAAGAUGGAUUUAAUUCAACAGGACGACUCACUGCUACAACAAAAGCACAGGACCAAGCAAAGGUCAUGCGUUUAAACUUGGAUGACGAAGAUCAUGCAGUAAACUUAUUAUCUGAUAAGGCAGCUGAUUUAGCUGUUAGGUACAAGGUCAUUAAGAAUAUUGACUACAAUCCUAAAAGCGUAACUGGAUCGGAGAAGCUUAAAACUCGCACUAUCAUCGACACUUCUGAGGAUCUUUCAAUAGCACUAGUCAGUGCUCGAGUAGAAUUUUACGGCUUAUUAGCAAACCUAGACAAAAAAGCAGUCGAGAUCAAAGAUAAUCUUGAUGCCGCGUCAAAGGAGACGAAAAAAGAAAGAACCAUUGAGGCGUGUUCUCGAUCUAAUCCAGCAUUAGUCCUGCUGCGGAUCCAGGUUGAGGAUAGUCAAGAGUAAUAAUAUAGAUUGUAAUAACAAUAAUAUAUAGUGGAAUCACA